AUAUAUAGAGAGAGAGAGAGAGAGAAUAGAAUUAUAGGAUAUUGACUUGUGGACUAAUGAUAUACGUUUAGCCAAUGGGAAUGACAUAAUAAUCUGAAGUUGUUAGAUUUUACAAAACUGAAACUAGUUUUCAUGCAUGAAUGUAUAUAAACAUGAAUUUCUUACAAGACGUCAUGUAAUUUUGCGAGCAAGUAACGUGUAACACAUUAUUAAAAUAAAUUUAGUUUAAUCCUACGCAUGCCAACAGUUGCUGAAAGCAGAAUAAAACUCUUUAAAGUAUGGGUUACAACUAUAUUCAGUAGCAUUUCACUUUAUUAUAACAAAUAAUUUUUUCUGUCAGACUUAGCAUUCUAGCCAUUAUUUUUCAUAAAAAAUCUGCAUGAACGACUUUAUUUACAUAACCAAUAGCAUCCUAGAAACGUCUUCAAGGAAGAUAGUUAUGAAUUCUUCAGUCUAAAAGGUGAACAGAACGUCGGACUUUUAUUUUGCUUCAACGUCGAGUGUUUCUUUUUAUACUUUCCGCUUCCGUUUUCGUUUAUUACAUAGAUGCAUCCAUGCAUCUAUAUUCGACACAAGCCACAAGUUAAUAAUGUUCUCUUUCACAUCUUUAUGAGACAGAAAUUUACAUAGAAGACAUGAUGCGAUCAUACAGCCAGGAUAUGAGUGGCGGACUCGAGAAUGUUCCUGUUUUGAUUGAGAACAGUGUUCCCAAAGAGGCUUUUUCCAACUUUCAGUAUGUACUAGAAAGUGUACAAGGACCAGGCUGUGACAUUGAUCCUAGUGUGGUGACCCUCCCUGGCUGCUCAUGUCGUGUCCAGUCCUGCCUGCCCAACAGCUGCCCCUGUUUGAGGUUUGGCCAGAUGUAUGACAGCAAGGGACGUCUGAACCAACAGCAAGAGGACGGCGACUUCAGCAGGCCUGUGUUUGAGUGCAAUGCCUUAUGUGCCUGCAGUGAGUCCUGCCAGAACCGUGUCGUUCAAAAGGGGGUCGAGGUUCGUCUGGGUGUUUUCAGCACAGACGACAGGGGUUUGGGGGUGGAGGCUCUAGAGCGCCUCCCUUGUGGCCGUUUCGUAUGCGAGUACGCCGGGGAAAUAAUCGGGUCUCAAGAGGCCCGCAGCCGCCAGCUCUCCCAGACUCCACUAGAUAUGAACUACAUCAUUGCUUUGCAGGAGCACAGCGGAGAGGACAGGAUCACCCAGACGUUUGUGGACCCCGUGACCAUAGGCAAUGUGGGAAGAUUCAUCAACCACUCCUGCAAACCCAACCUGGUCAUGGUGCCCGUCCGAGUGCACUCACUGCUGCCCAGACUCGCCCUGUUUGCAAAUCGUGAUAUAGAAAGGUACGAAGAACUGACUUUUGACUAUGCUGGUGGGCAAAACAGCAGCACAGACACACGGAAAUGGGAUAAAGCACCAAGCGGGACACUCACAGGGGCUGAUGUUGAUAAAAUACCACUGAGAAAAGUCUGUCACUGUGGGGCUUCAAACUGCACAGGAUUUUUACCAUUAGAUAUGUCAGUUCUCCAUUAAAUAAAGUGUUUUAUGUCUCCUAAUGAGUUGGCAUUAGAAAUGUUUUGUUAUUGUAUUAUAAACCUCCUGCAUAAAUACCUAUUUAAUAUU